AUUAUGACAUGGGAAUAAGCCAAACAGUAGGCGUGUCUCUUAUGACGUCACUCAGGUGUAAUGAAACUCAAGCUCAAAGGUGUUUCCUGACCAAAACCAGAUCCUUUCUGCAGGACACAAUCUCCAGUUUGAAGCUUCUCUCUCUUUCUUCGAGGGAUAAACCCCACUGCAGGUGAACACUAAGAGAACAAGAACAAGAGGAAAAAGAGGGAAAUUGGAGGAAAAGAGAAAUAGAAAUUGUCAUGGCUUCCUCCAGCAGUGUCCUGUGUGAAGAUCAGCUCCAGUGCUCCAUCUGUCUGGAGGUGUUCACUGAUCCAGUCUCUACUCCAUGUGGACACAACUUCUGUAUGAUCUGUCUCAGAGAGUUCUGGGACAGCAGUUCACACUGCCAGUGUCCAAUGUGUAAGACGGAAUUCCCUAAACGUCCUGAUCUACGUGUGAAUACGUUCAUCUCUGCACUUGCUGCUCCAUUUAAGAAGUCAGUUCAGGAGAAAUCCAGCAGCGCUGCAGAAAAACUCAGCCAAUCUCUAGUGCUCUGUGAUAUCUGCUGUGAAAAGAAACUUGCAGCUCUGAAGUCCUGCCUGAUCUGUAUGACCUCUUACUGCAAGACUCACCUGGAACCUCAUGAGAGAGUUUCUUCAUUAAAGAAGCACAAACUGAUGGAGCCUGUGGAGAACCUGGAGGACUACAUCUGCCAGAAACAUGAGAGACCCCUGGAGCUGUUCUGUAGAGAUGACCAGACGUGUGUGUGUCAGUUCUGUACUGAGGGAGACCACAAAACUCACAGCACCGUUCCUAUAGAGGAGGAAGCUGAAGAGAAGAAGACUGAGUUGGGAAAGACACGAGCAGAAGUUCAGCAGAUGAUCCAGGAGCGACUGAAGAAGAUUGAGGAACUCAAACACUCUGUAGAACUCAAUAAAAAAAACACAGAGAAGGAGAAACUAGACGUUGUGGAGAUCUUCAGUGCUCUGAUGCGCUGCAUUGAGAGAAGCCAGGCUGAGCUGCUUAAGGUGAUGGAGGAGAAGCAGAAAGCAGCAGAGAGGCAGGCUGAAGAGUUGAUUAAAGAGCUGGAGCAGGAAAUCACUGAGCUAAAGAGGAGAAACACUGAGCUGGAGCAGCUCUCACACACUGAGGAUCACCUCCACCUCCUACAGAUUUCCCCGUCACUGUGCAGCCCUCCACACGCCCAGGACUGGACUGACGUCACAAUUACCUCUCAUCUGAGUGUGGAGACUCUGAGGAGAAAUCUGUCUCAGCUUCAGCAAACUCUCAGUGAGGAAAUGGAGAAGCUACCAGAGAUUAAACUGAAGAGAAUUCAACAAUAUGCAGUGGAUGUGACUCUAGAUCCUGAUUCAGCUCAUCCUCAUCUCAUCCUGUCUGAUGAUGGGAAACAAGUUAUAUGUGGAGACGAAAAACAGAUUCUCCCUGAUAAUCCUCAGAGGUUUGAUUAUUGUGCCUGUGUGCUGGGGAAGGAGGGAUUCUCUUCAGGGAGAUUUUACUAUGAGGUGCAGGUCAGAGGAAAGACUAAGUGGGAUUUAGGAGUGGUCCGAGAGUCCAUUAACAGGAAAGGGAAGAUUACAGCCAGUCCUAAGAAUGGAUACUGGUGUGUGUGUCUGAGGAAUAAGACUGAAUAUAAGGCUCUGGACUCUCCUCGAGUCUCCCUCUCCUUGAAACAGGCUCCUCAGAAGGUGGGAGUGUUUGUAGAUUAUGAGGAGGGUCUGAUCUCCUUCUAUGAUGUUGAUGCCAAAUCUCAUAUUUACUCUUUCACUGGUCAGUCUUUCACUGAGAAACUUUAUCCAGUCUUCAGCCCCUGCAAUAAUGAUGGAGGUAAAAAUUCAGCACCACUGAUCAUCUGUCCUGUUAGUCAAAUCUAAUCCUAAUUUUCGAAUCUUAAAAAGUAAUCUUAUACUUCCUUAUUAAAGAAUAAAACCCUGAUGGGAUUAUCAUUCAUGAUUUUAAUAAUUUUCAAUUUAAAUGCAGUUUCACCUUAAAAUAAAAAAGCAUCUCUAUCAGUAGAAUUGAAUUGUAAAAUGUACAAUGUUUUACUGUUGCUUUUGUAGGUUAAUGUUCACUUUAGGAAAGACAAAGCAACAGCAAUACACCAACUGACCACUAGAGGUGCGCUCUCUUUACAUUUGUAAUACCUGUAAUAAUACCUCUCAUUACCUGUGAUAAUAUUCUGUGUGUGUGAGUUUGAGCUGUGAUUCCUGAUUGACUUAAUGAUCCUGUCUGUCUCACCCUGUGUUUAGUGUUAGUAGUUAAUGCUUCUGCCUGUGCAUUGUGUGUAUAAACUCUGUCUGAUCCCUCACAGAAAAUGUACAUGAACUUCACAUGGGAGUGUUGUUGUAUGUGAGUACAUAUACACGUGUGAGCAUUGUUGUAUGUGAGUACAUACACACAUGUGAGUAUUGUUGAAUUCUGUGAAAUUUACACGUGUUGUUUUUAACCAUGUCAAGUGUCGUGCAUGCUUUCAUUCCCGCAUGUGAUUUGUUUCUAUGCAAUAAAUUUAUUUUCACAAGCAAAAAUAAUAAACGUGCUGUGAUUAAAAACAUCUCUAGUUGCAACCAGGUAUGAAAUGGAGUGAUGUAGCUGAGGCUGAAGAACUGUCAGGGUCAGACAGUUGUUUUCCAGUGUUUCUGAGGGCACAAGUGGUAGGAUUCAUAUUUAAUUUUAACAGUGUAGGCCACACGCACUUCGGGUUUGCAGAUAGCAAUAUGUGAAGCAUUAAACAGAUACAGACAGUGGCAUCACUUCUUCUUCUUCUUCUUCUUCUUCUUCGUCUUCAUUACACCUUUACUAUGCAUUUGGAUGAAUGGAAAUUAGCUAAAUCCCUCACUCACACCUCUGGACGUGUGGAGAGAUGUAUACGCUAUGUUUACAUAGUAAUAAUAUUAAGUCUAUAUAAUAAUUUUCCAACACCAGAGCUUAGUCCUAAUGUUUUCCGUUUUCCACGAACACUGUACCUACGCAUGGCUCUUAUAAAAGACUCAACAGCUACAUUUUUAGCUCGUGAAAUUGUUAGCCUCAAUCAUUAGCUAGUUUUUGCUCAGUGUUUGUAUUUCAAAGAUUCCUAGUAACUAGGAAUGCAGCAUAUUACCAAGAAAACCACAAGAUGUAACCUCAUCUCUCCUCAUGAGGGAUAAUCUCACACAUUUACAGUGUAUUUUGAUUUGAUUUAAUUUGAAUGUAUUUAUUUCUGUAAAGCUGCUUUGUGACAAUGUCCACUGUUAAAAGUGCUAUACAAAUAAACUUGAAUUCAACUGAAUCUCUUCUGAAGAUUUUUAAUAGUUCUGACACUGGAGACUCCUUCCAUAAAUGUUAAAUAAACGUCUCCUUACAGCAAACCUCACCACUCAUCACUUAUUAACACUUUUUAAAAACUUAAAAACAUGUUUUUAUACACGUUUAUGUGAAUGAUCUGUUACUAUAGAAACAGUACGGCGUUAGGAACAGUGCAUUAAUGUGCAGUAUAAACCUUGUCCUAUAAAAACAACUCUGGGGGAAAAAGGCGGACAUGGCAACCCUGGGUACCGCCGCGCUGGUGGUGGAGCAGCGCGCAUGCGCAAUGUGUAAACACGUGUUUCCUGUUCUGCGCGUUUGGCAGCGCAGGGGUGACCGAAGUCUCUGGAAUAAAGUCGCGCUUGUGAUUUUAUAAACUCUGUUCUGGGGUUUUCCUCUGUUCAUUUCUCAUCGAUACACAGCGACCUACGAGGACAAGUGGUGUUUAUUAUCACACGGGGAGCUGAAAUAAAAAUAAAGUGACUUUAUCCUCAUUAUUCCUCAGGAAUAAACAGAAGGAGGUGAGAGACAGGAGAGAGGCGCGCGCUGAGCAGCAGAUCUACUCAGAGUUAAACCUCGAGCAGAAGCUCCAUGAUGGAGUACUACCAGAUCCUAGGCGUACGCAAAGAUGCCUCUCCAGACGACAUAAAGAAAGCGU